CGGACGAUUUAGCUCUCCUGAAGGUUCUUGAAAUCAUUCAUAUUUCUUAUACUGACGUGUCAUGGCGAUCUCUUAUAAAUAUUAACUAAAUAUCGCUGAUUUCUCGGUCGCGUUCAUCUGUAAAAAACCUUCCUCAAUGCAGAAGAUGCGUUUUAGUCACAGCGUGCACAUAGUUCUUCUCUUACUUUGUCAAAUCGUGGGCUUGAUGUUGUUUCUAAGAGGCUUCUUUCCGCUUAAGAAAGCCAUAGAAGGAAGGGCAACAAACGAUAAUCUUCCACCUGAACCAUUAUUUGAAGGGAAAGGAGAUCCUCUGCCUCCGAAAUUUGGGAGAGUGGUCAUCAUGUUAAUAGAUGCACUGAGAGCAGAUUUUGUUUACAGUGAGCAGACAAGGAUGCCUUUUACACAAGAACUAAUCAGACUAAAUAAAUCAUUCAGUUUCAUGGCAAAGGCACAUCCGCCAACUGUCACUAUGCCAAGAAUUAAGGCGCUCACAACAGGGGGUAUACCAGGAUUUAUUGAUGUUGUCCUCAAUAUGGAUUCAAGUUCUUUACAAGAAGACAGUUUGAUCAGUCAGAUGAAGUUUGCAAAUAAGAAGUUUGUAUUUUAUGGUGAUGACACCUGGAUGAAGCUGUUUCCUGGACACUUUGAAAGAUCUGAUGGAACCACAUCAUUUUUUGUGACUGAUUAUACAGAGGUAGACAACAAUGUUACAAGACACAUUGGUAAAGAGUUGAGGAGCACUGAUUGGGACAUUAUGAUUCUUCAUUACCUGGGUCUCGAUCAUAUAGGGCACAUUGCAGGACCCUCAAGUCCCCUAGUGGGACCAAAACUUUUAGAAAUGGACCAAGUUGUCAGUGACAUCUACAAUGAAAUGCUCCAUUGGCAUCAACAAAGAAAGGUGCCUUCAUUAUUAGUGCUGUGUGGUGAUCAUGGAAUGAGUGAGGUGGGCAGUCAUGGAGGAGCAUCACUGGUAGAGACAAUCACACCCCUUGUGUUUAUGAGCCCAUUAUUUGAGAAUGGCGGAGGUGAAGAGUUUGCAAUGAAACAAGUUCAACAAAUUGAUCUUGUUCCAACCUUGAGUCUUCUUCUUGGGCUUCCUGUACCUCAAAACAGCUUAGGAAUCCUUCUUCCUGAACUCUUUGGUUUCCAUAAACCAAGAGAAAAGCUACGAGCAAUGCAGCUUAAUUCACACCAACUAUCUCAAGUGCUUAUUGCGAAUGGGCAUUCUGUUGACAACAUAUGGGAACUUCAACAUGCCCACAAGCUGCACUCUGAUUGGCUGCAAUCAGCAGAGAUUGACCCCAAUGCUACAAGGAACCAGAUUACUGUGGCAACCAAGGUUGCUAAGCAGUACAUCCUGGCACUUCAAAAAAUGAGUGGUCAUGUGACAGCCUCUCUUUCAAAUUAUGACUUACAUGCUAUGAUUUAUGGCAUAGCUGUUCUUGUCCAAACGCUAUACUGGUUUGUCUGUGGUUUGCUUCAACUUUCGUUUGAAAUGCAAACAAGAGACAAGAUGAAUUUUUUAAUGACAAAUAUCAUUGUUGUGAGUGGUGCUGUUCUGCUUGCUGCAAUUCUUCAUCUUUCCACUUGCUCCAGCACAGUGUUUGGUGGAAGCGACAUUUUGUGUUCAGUAUCUAGUCUCGAAUCUAUGGUUUACUCAAUUUUAUGUGCUUUACUAUCAGGAGUCACACUUGCAUCUGUUCUGAAUGGUCUUUCUCGUUUUUUGUUAAGCUCUCAGUCUUUUAUCUCGCAGUUUAUAUCAGCCCUUCCAUCACUUUUUCAAAAGAAUACUCGCAGCUUUCUUGUCAUUGGAGUUUUCCUCCAUGUUGUAAGUUUGUAUUCAAGUAGUUUUGUUGAAGAAGAGCAUCAAACUUGGUACCUACUGAUAUCCACUUUGUUCGUCGUAAUUUUCUUAGAGAAAAUUGCAUCCGGUUGUCAUGAGAAGAAUUUCAGUGAUACAGAGUUUCACAAUAGUUUUAGGAUACAGGAAGAGAGCUCGGACGAAGAAAAGGCACACAAAUGGGAGCUUUACAGUAACCUCAGAAACGCAAGUUCUCACAGAAAUUCUCAACAUUCUUCAAUAAGUGGCGCCCCAAACGCGGAUGGGCUCUGCUCGACGACUCAAGACGACGAUAGGAUAAGGACUGGAACUGAAAAUGCAAUCACAUACCGAGAUCUUUCUCAGUCAGAUUCAACUUCAACUGUAUCUGGGAAUCACAUAGAUAGAAAAACGGAUUUGGAACAAGAAACCAUUACGUUCAAGAAAAAAAUUUUGCGGCAACUUCUGCUUUGUUUUGUACUUCUUGCCUCAGGGAGAGUGUCAAGGAGCUGGAACCAAACUGGAAUAAAAUGGGCUGAUAGACCUGAUAUUGGAGAUUGGCUUGUGAAGCCUUACAACAGAGUAGCAUUGUCUUUAUGUUAUUUUGUAUCCGUCCUCUUUAUCAUAGGAUUUCGCUACAGUCGUCAGAAUGUGUUAACCACCGUUGUCUCUAUUGUCGGUGCUGUAAGUGCUUAUGUGUAUCGCACUGUCACAGGAAGUCUUCAGUUACCAUGGAUACCCAAUGGACCAAUCACAAAGGGGAUCCUAGCAGCACGAGUGACGUAUUGUUGCGUGGCAAUAAUAGUAAUAGGGAAUAUUAUUAAUUUAUGUAGGAUAGACAGAAACACUGUUAAAAGAAGGACUUUCCAGGAAUAUAUUUUUGACGUCUGUGGAUCAUUAGAAGGAAUUCUAACAGCCUUACUAUUGCUGCAAAUUCUCCUCCAGAGACCUCACAACAUAACACUUUUAGCGGUCUUUGUGGUUCAGGAACAUAUCUUCAGGAAAUUGUUCUGGAAAAGCCUCGACAACACGUGGCUGAUUGUACUCAGCUCUUUGUGGAUAGGACACGCUAUGUACUUUUCCUUGGGAAACUCCAACAGCCUGGCAUCGGUGGAUAUAUCUGCGGGCUACGUGGGACUAGAGGAACAUAUACCUGUUAUUGUGGGCCCCCUAACAUGUAUAGCCACCUACUGUGGGCUUUUACUUUGGCUAAUGGCUGCUGUGUUGUCUAUUGUGCGAAAUGCUCAAGAGGUUAAGAGGUUACAGUAUUCUCUUCAUCAAGUCUGUUACGUCAUCUCACUCUGCCAAGCUCUGGUCCUCUGUGCUUACUGUACAUUGGUAUUUGUUCAGCGGUAUCACCUGUUUGUCUGGAGUGUCUUCUCGCCGAAGUUGUUGUACGAAGCAAUGAAGACUCUUUUGUUAACUCUGUGUGUUGUUGUCGUGCUUUGUUUGACAGCUUUUGUUGGAAGAGCGAAAAGAAUAUAUCCAAAGAAACCUGACUAAAGACAUUGCGCCUAGAAGGUGUAUCAGUCUUCAAAAUAAGAUGGUAGCUUACGCAGAAAACUGAAUUGUAUUUUUUAACGAAGUCUCGUAGUGUCCCCAGCGAACCUAUCAAAAGUAAUCAGUUGUAACAAAAAUUUUGCUUGUGUUAACGAGUUUAAUAUUGUCUAUUGUAACCUUCUUUUACUCUCUUCAUUUUGUAGUGGCUA